UUCCCCCGUAUCACCGACCAAAAUGGUAUGACCGGUUGCCUAGGCGCCUGCAGAAGCCAAAUUAUUUUCGCCACGCCUGUUCUCACCGCUGCCACCCGUUACCAGGUGAGCUACAUAAAAUAGUAAUGGAGGAACUUGGACAUGAAUUGGACAUGUUGGACUUUUGAAGAUCUGUACAUCAUUAAAAAAUGUUCUUCAAACGAAUGGACAUCCUGAACGAUGCCAUAUAGUGGACCUAUAGAAGUCUAUAUGAGAUCUUUGUUCUUGCUCUUGAGGAAAAGUUUCAACAUCGAACAGAUGCCUCCUCCUCAAACCUAAUGUGUGACCAUGGAACAUGAAGAGGUGCGGACGGAGCUGGACCGGAUCGCUGCGCGGCUGCAGGACGAUGGCCUGGCCCCGGCGGCGGGCGCCGAGGAGCGGCAGUGCCACCUGUGGCGGGAGCUGGUGGGCAGCGAGGGGAAGCUGCUGGCCGCCUCCCAGGAGCUGCAGGCCCUGCGCACGCAGCAGGCCGGCGAGAUGAAGGAGGUGGAGAGCUACGUGGAGCACAUCAGGGGUCUGCUGGAGGAGAGGGAGAUGCUGACAACGGAGUACGAGAGAGACAACGAGCAGCUGCGCCUGGAGCUCAAACAGAGCCGGCUCCUGCACGAGAACCAGAGCAAGGAGCUGGUGGAGCUGCUGUCCCAGGAGGGGCUGGGGGACGUGGGCCUGAGCAGCCCCAGCGAGCAGGUGGCCUACCUGCUGGUGGAGAGGGCCACGCUGCUGGAGAGGCUGGAGGUGGCCGAGAGGAGGCUGGACUCCCAGAGCCUCACCGGCAGCCUGAGGGAGGUCCACCUGCAGGAGGAGGUCGAGCACGUCCGCCGCACUUUGGGUCAGGAGCUGCUGAAGACCAGAGACAACAUGACAAAGUGUUCGAGUCAGAGCACCUGGAGGAAGCUGUUUGGUCCCAGAAGAUCCUCUGCUCAGAGCAGGCUCACUAGCGUCCCCCUCCACGAGGAGGAGGCGUCCCAGGCGAGGGGAGGGCGCCAGGGCCUGGAGCGGGACCUGGAGGAGGCGUCCCGGCGGCUGGCCAUGGCCCACCAGGACAUCCGCAGGCUCACCGCAGAGCUGGACGCCGCCAGGAAGAACCAGCAGGACCAACACGGCGACGGCAGCCUGGGACUCGGCGGAGCUGAGCUGGAGCGAACAGAACAGGAAGUGGAAAACCUGAGGAAGGAAGUGGACAAACUGAAGCACUGUGACAUGGUGGAGCUGCAGAAGGCCAGAGACCAAAACGAAAGGCUGGACGGGGAGAUACGUGUUCUGAGGGAGAGGGUACGAGCGUUAGACACCGAGAAGAAAACCCUCCUGGACAAGCUGGCACAGCAGGAGCUAGAGCAAGCUUCCUCUGUCAAACCACAGCCACAAGGAGAGGGGAAGGGGAGAAGUGGAGAGCUUCAGAGCAAUGUGGCCCCCUUGUGGAAUGAGGAGGAGCAUGUCCACAAACGGUGUCGCGAGGCGGUGGAGGACGGCCGCGUGCAGCUGCGGGAGCUGCAGCGGCGGCUGCAGAAGCAGCGGGCUGACCAGGAGGAGCUGGUGGAGAGGAACGAGGAGCUGGAGGCCCUGGUGGGGGAGACGCAGAACGCCAGCAAGGAGGAGCGGCAGCGGCACGACGGGGAGCUGGAAGGCCUGCGCAGGAAGAUUAAAAGCCUGGAGGUAGAGCUGAAGAAGCAGUUUGCCCAGGACAGGCUUCUGAAAAACGUAGAGGAGAGCAAAGAGUCGGAGCCCUACUUCCAGCCGCUGAGAGGCGUGGGCAGCAGCCAGGAGCGGGUGUCCCUGUUGGAGGCGCGGCUGACGGAGGAGAAGGACUGGAGGAAGCAGCUGGAGGUGGACCUCACCUCCGCCCAGGGAGCCCUGAAGAAGGACAAGGAGGCCCUGCAGAUGGGCGAGCGGGAGCUGAAGAAGCUGAGGAUGGAGGUGAACAGUCUGCAGACCGAGUGUCAGCAGGGGAAGACCCUCAUCAAGAGCCUCACGCAGGUCAAGGGAGAGAAGGCCGUGCUGGAGGAAAAGUUGGCCCAGUUGGAGCGCACUCACGCCCGCCUGCAGGGUGAGUUGGAGCGCCAGAGGGAGAGUGGCGGGGCCAAGGAGGACCUGAGGGAGAGCAGGGCGGAGGUGGAGCAGCUCAGGGACCAGACGUACCGGCUGACCUCUGAGCUGGCCAGCCUGAGGACGGCCCACGACGCUCUGAGAGAGGAGCUGGGGGCCGAGAAGCUCCAGAGCAGUGGGCUCCAGGCGGACCUCCGCUCCGGGGCCCAGGAGACGCUGUCGGCCCAGGGGGAGAGGGACAGGCUGGGUCUGGAGGUCCAGCAGCUCCAGCAGCGCCUGGAGCUGCAGCUGGAGGAGCAUCAUGCCUCCACGAGGAGCAGCAGCCAGGAGCCCCUGACCAAACCUAGUCCCGGGGGUCCAGUGGAGCAGCUGCCCAGCGUGAAGCGGGACCCGGCUGGCCUGCAGGCCGACCUGGAGGAGGAGAGACGGCUGUCCGCCCGGCGCCAGCUGGCCCUGCAGGCCCAGUCGACUGAAGCCCAGGCCCGCGCCAAGUCUCAAGACAUGGUCCUGGGCCAGAAGGCGGAGGAGGCCCGGCAGCUGAAGCAGGACCUCCAGAGGGUCCAGAGUCUGUUCACCUCGGCAGAGCGGGAGCUGCGCUACGAGAGGGAGAAGAACGUGGACCUGAAGAGACACAACGUGCUGCUGGACCAGGAGAAACUCAAGCUGUGUGCGGAGGUGAAGCAGAGCGCGGCCCGGUUGCUGCAGGUGGAGCAGAAGGUGCAGGGUCUGGGCAGCGAGUGCGAGCGCCAGCAGCAGAGGAUCCGGGAGCAGGAGCUGGAGCUGGCUCGAAGCUCCACCACCCGCAGUACCACCACCAGCCUGCAGGAGGAGCUGCAGGCAGAGAGGGCUCGCCUCAUCGCCGCGGACAAGAAGGUGGUGGAGCUGCAGCAGCAGCUGAAGAACUCGCAGCAUCAACUACGAAUGGAGGAGGCUCGCUCCGGGGAGAGCAGCCGGCUAGAGAGAGACACCCGGGACCUGACGGACAGCCUGUCCUCCCUGAGGGCCCAGCACCACGAGGACCACAUCACCAGGAAGCUCCUGGAGCAGCGGGAGGAGGAGCUGCGGCAGCAGGUGCGCUCCCUGAGGCAGAAGGAGGCGUCGCUGGGCAGGAGCAACUCGGAGCUGGGCCUGAAGAGCCAGCAGCUGGAGAGCCGCCUGACGCUCCUGGAGGAGGAGCUCAGCCAGGCCCGCGAGGAGCAGAGGGAGGCGCAGAGCACCAACCAUCAGCUGCAGGAGGAGCUGCUGUCCAGCCAGCAGGAGACAGACAAGUUACAAGGAGAGAUACAGCUGGUCCUGCUACAGCUGGACACACACGUCAGGAGGCACAACGAGAAGCAGGAGCAGCAGCGUAGCAAGCUGCGGCAGGCCCGGCAGGCCUGCCUGAAGGCCACAGGGCAGCGGGACCGCACCAUCCAGAGGCUGGAGAACGACCUGGAGCUGGCCUCCAGCCUCUCCCUCAAGGAGAAGGAGUCGGUGCGUACGGUGAUGGCUGAGAACGAGAAGCUGUUGGUGGAGAAGAGGGACCUGCUGCGGAGGAUGAGCGAGGCCGAGGACCUGGGCAGCGCUGGCAUGCGUACCGCCUCCACCGUGCAGCACAGGGUCAACGGCCUGGAGCAGGAGAACCGACAGCUGCAGGACAGGACGCUGAAGCUGUCCAAUCAAGUGAGCUGCUUGGAGCGGGCGCUGAGGAACGUCCAAUCGUUCUGCAGUCUGGAGCACGAGGUGAGGAAGAUGUUACCCUCCGAGGGUCUGACCAUGGACAGCAUGCGCCAGUCCUCAAGUCUCAGCCUGACCUCCGGCGCCUGCGACCCCCUUGGGAUCCUGGACGCCAUCUGCCGGGUCAAGGGGGAGGGUCCCCGCGUCGCCCCGCCCAGCGCGCCCCAGUUCCAGCCCUCGGAGCUGGGCUACCUGAACGUCACGUCCCCCGGCCCCGGGGGUCUGGCGGAGACCCGGCACAGUGCAGAGCGCGACCAGGUAUGACGGGGGGGGGGGGGGGGGGGGGGUGGGGUGAGGACCACGACGGGGGUCUCCUGAGAUGCCCUCCGCUCAUACCCAGGUACUGGCGCCCUGUGCGUAUUGUAAUCACAUACCACCUCGUCGAGGCCUGAUAAUGGCUCCACGUCGACGCAACGCAGUGACCGCGCAGACGCUUCGACGCAGUCGUGAACCUGUUUUUGGUCGGUGUCGGGUUUUAGUGAGCGGACCAAUCACAGCCCUUGCUGCUGCGUCGCCUUGACGCAGUUUUUUGGGAUGCGCACUUCAGGUCCUUACGGCGGACGCAAGGAGGCUCCGCAAGGAAGCAAUGGGUCCGUAAACCCUCUUGCGUCGUCGUGGAACCAUAAUCAGCCAUUUAGUGUGAAGGAGAAGACGGAGGAAGAGAUGGGCAUUGAGGGCACUAUUGACAAUAAAUCGCCGACAGCGCAGUGACCCGGAACCUUUGAGCAAGUAUUAAGGGUUGCACUGAUGGGACAUUUCUUGGUCAAUCCUGAUUCGAUAUUCCUGCACUAUUCUAUGUGGAUGAAGAUAUUAAAAACGAAUAAUAAUAAUAAUACAAUGCUGUGUUUACAUAGACACUGCCGCAUGGGAUAAAUGUAUUGUAUGUGUAUACAGAAAACUUGGUCGUAAAUAUCGAUUACUUUACCGUAUCACAGCAUUUCAGACUGAAAAACACAUACUGUAGAUGUGUGGCUUGUAUCAAACGUCUUUUAAAUCAUCAAAGGUCAAUGUUAUAUUUAUAUCGUCGUCCCAAUCUAGAAAGUGGUAAACAAAUCUUGGACGUGAUAAAGUCAGGAGGAAACACAAGGAGGAGUAUUGUUUUAAAGGUGGUCUCUCACUCCUCAGGGCAGUGUCUAUGUAGCAGUCACCGAGGACACUGUAGAUUAUAGGGCUCUCUCCUUCAGUUAGAUAGCCGCAAUACAGUCCACGAAAGUGUGUGAGCAAGACAGUUGGGAUGUGUAACAUCGUAAAGCCUUUGACUGAAACCCUAAUAAUGCUGAGUACAAACGUGACGUGGUAAUCAUGAUGACAUUGUGAUCAGGAAAGGGAUGGAAAUGUAAUUGUCACACGUGUUCUAUGCUUGAAUUGUGUCAAAUUUUAAAAGUUAUUUUGUAUUGGGACACCAAACAUACAAAGACUAGAUUUGUAGGGGCAUUAUCGGAAAAGAGGUUGAUCAAUUGUAUUUAUUUAUGUCAACAUAAAUAGCCUUGUGUAUGCGUAGGCCUGUGUUACAAAGUACAAUCAAUUAACACUCUUUAACAUGAGCACUUUAAAAACUAAACUUUUGGGUUUACAUAGAUAUUUUGGUAGCAAUGGAAAUGCUAAUGACAAUGGCAGGAAAGCGUUCAUAGGAUAAAAGUGAAACAGUCCCUUGGACAUCUAAGGAAAUUCACGUCAAGUUGUAUGUUUACAUAUUGUUUUUACUUAAAAUAUCACGGUACUCCCACUAGAAACCUUUGAAUGUAUUUCAUAUUAAUAAAGGGCAGUAUAAUUGUUUUCCGAUUCACCUGCAACAGAACACACGGAACGCUACGCUUUGGUUUAAAGUUCCACGCUCGUUUGAGAGCUUUCUAGCUAAAGGCCGAGAGUAUUUACUAAACCCAGUGUGAAAGGCUAACAGCCGGCUAGCGUGUAUGGCUGUAUUUACCAGUCAGUGGCUGAGGCUGGUCUCAAGGGAUUUAAGGACCAUAACCUGAGUAUUCAGCCAUGAGGGUUGCUCUAUAAAGGUUGCUGUAAAGAACCCACCUAUUUUGUAUUUUAAAUUAGAUAAAAAGGUAUGCUGUACUUUUUUUUUUUUGGAGAUGUUUUUACCUUUAACAUUUACAGAAUAGUAAACAUUUUUUAUUGAAACAGAACAACUCAAUUAAGACGAUGAAGCCACUUCUCAUUGUGUCACUGUGCCUCAGCCUCAACUGUCAUCUUGUGCGUGUGUCCUUAUGGACAAAUGUUACCCGCUUUGACUUGUAAAUAUUUGGUUGUUUUAGUUUUUUGUUUGCAGAAACCUAUUUUCAUAAAUAAAGUGAACUGAAACAUA